AUGGCCAAGUUUAAUCCACCGGAGAGUUUCCCGUUCGACCGCCCGACUGAAUGGAGCGAUUGGAAGCAACGUUUCCAGCGUUUUCGCGUCGCUACGAGGCUGAACAAGGAGGACGGUGAGGUCCAAGUCAGCUCAUUGAUAUACGCAAUGGGCCCGGAGGCUGAAAACAUUUUUAAAGCAUUCACUUUUGCGGAGGACGCCGAUAAAGAAAAGUUUGACGUCGUGUUAGGAAAGUACGAUGAAUACUUCUACCCCAAAAGGAAUGUUAUUCACGAGCGCGCAUGUUUCCACCAGAGGGUGCAGCGGCCCGGUGAGAAAGCUGAAAUGUUUAUCAGGGCUCUUUAUGAACUAUCGGAACAUUGUGACUUUGGGGCACAGAGAGAGGAGCACAUCAGAGACCGUAUAGUGGUGGGAAUUAGUGACAAGGAGAUGUCUCGUAAACUGCAGUUGGAGACGCAGCUUACAUUAUCCCAAACUAUUCAGGCCGUGCGCCAGUCCGAGGAGGUGACCAGGCAGGUGAACCAGCAGGGCGAGGCGUGCGCAGCGGUGCAGGAGAGAAAGAUGGCAGAGACCCUGAGUGAUCUUGACGGAGUGGCCAUCUACAUGGACGAUGUACUGGUGUACGGCGACACAGCAGAACAGCAUGACCAGCGCCUAAACAAAGUACUGGAGAGAAUCGAGUCGGCAGGCUUGAAGUUGAAUAAAGACAAGUGCGUGUUCAGACGGAACCAACUUCACUUCCUGGGCCAGGUGAUUGACAAGUCAGGAGUAAAGCCCGACCCUGACAAGUUGGACCAUCAGAAUGUUUGGGGAUCACCCGCUGUUGUUGCUGGUGACAGCACUACCCCGAGAUCUUAUGUCAUCGAGACGCAAAAAGGGGCAACUCUGAGACGCAACCGUCGCCAUCUGCUGUGCGUGCCUGCAUCCUCUGUUACCACGCCACCUCCAUCACUACAGCAGCCGCAGCCUGAUGCUGUCCGACAGGCUACCUGCGUGUAUAAAGCCGUUGGUCAACGUUUUGGCAGGGGAGAAAGACCACUGUUAUAUUCUCAGUUGUUCUGGAUUUGGUUUGAGCUGUGUUCCUACCAGACUGAAAGUCUGGUGCAGAAGAUCGACCAGCGCCUCCCUGUGGCCAACGAGUACCUGCUGCUCUCCGGCGGCGCCCGUGACGGCGUGCUGGACUUGAACCCGGCAGACGUGGGGAGCUACGCUAAAGGCACAGACUUCGACCUGGACUUCACUCUCCUGGUCCCGGCCCUCAAGCUGCACGACCGGAACCAGCCCGUCACCCUGGACAUGAGGCACUCCUCCCCCUGCCACUCCUGGCUCAGUCUGAGGCUUUGUGAGGGCGCCGUCCUGCAGAGGUGGGGGGUCUGCUGCGAGGAGGAGGGAGGAGCAGAGGAGGAGGAGGAGGAGAGAGCCCGGGGCGCCUCCCCCUCGCUGGGCUCUCCUCAGGCCCUGGAUGGAUGUUACUUCUCUCCGUCUCUGGUCUCGGACUGGUUUUGGGGCGUGGUCCAAGAGGCUGUGGAGGAGCUGAGGAGGAGCCCCCAGAGAGGGAUCCCAACCCCAGAGAGACUGGAGCGCAACGGGCCCCUGACCACCAUCAUCCUGCAGGCGGGCUCCAGUCGGGUGCUGUACGACCUGCUCCCUGUGGUCUCCUUUCGGGGCUGGCCGGCGGUGGCUCAGGGCUGGCUCACGGCGAAUCACUUCUGGGACGGAAAGAUCACGGAGGAGGAGGCCAUCUCUGGGUUCUACCUGCUGCCCUGCCCCGCUCCAGCAGGGGGCAGAGCGGACCGCGAGUGGAGGCUGGCCUUCUCCCGCAGUGAGGUCCAGCUGAAGAAAUGCAUCCCCUUCCCCAUGGCCCAGGCCUUCCAAGCGGCCAAAUCCAUCCUGGCUCCGGUGCUAGCUCGCCCGCGCUCCGGCCUCAGCCUGUACCACCUGCGCACGCUGCUGUUCUGGGCGUGUGACCGUCUCCCCGGCUCCUUUCUGUCCUGUGACUCGCCCGACACGCCCGCCCGCCUCCUGCUGGGGCUGCUGGACGACCUGGCCCACUGCAUCCUCAGCAAGACCUGCCCCAACUACUUCCUGCCCCAGUGCAACAUGCUGGAGCACCUGGAGGACGCCCAGGCGCUCUUCCUAGCGCGUAAGCUAGCAUGCGUGCGCUCCGACCCGCUGGAGCAGCUGCGGGCAGCGCGGCAGGCGGGGCAGCUGAAGAAGGAGCUGCAGAACGGGGGGGGGUCGCCGGGGCACCAGGGGGGGGGACACCUGGGGGGGGGGCACGAGGACAGACUGGCUCAGAGACUGCAGCAGCUCGUCACAGAGAACCCCGGGAAGUCCAUCUCUGUGUUUCUGAACCCGGAUGAUGUCACACGACCUCACUUCAGGAUCGACGACAAGUUCUACUGA